AUGCUGUCAUCCCUCCAGGUCCAGCGUCGCCCCACCAGCAUCGAGUGGGAUGGCUGCGAUCCCCAGAAGCUCUACACCCUGGUUCUCACAGACCCAGAUGCUCCCAGUAGGAAGGACCCGAAGUUCAGAGAAUGGCACCACUUCCUGGUUACCAACAUGAAAGGCAACGAUGUGGGGAGCGGCACUGUGCUGUCUGAUUAUGUUGGCUCAGGACCUCCCAAAGGAACAGGGCUGCACCGCUACGUGUGGCUGGUGUACGAGCAGCCGAAACAGCUGAGCUGCAACGAGCCCAUCCUCUCUAAUCGCUCUGGUGACAAACGGGGGAAGUUCAAGGUGGCUUCUUUCCGCAGCAAGUAUGAGCUGGGGGUGCCGGUGGCUGGCACUUGCUACCAGGCGGAGUGGGAUGACUAUGUGCCGAAGCUCUAUGAGCAGCUCUCAGGAAAGUAGGCCGAGGGGACCUGAAGAAGCACUGUGC